AUGAAGUUGAUUCUCUCCACCUCUAAUCUUAUGACAAGCGGUUCAUCUGUCGUCAGACAGCCAGCCACUGCCAAAUCCAAUGUUGAACUGAUUAACUCUCUGCGAUCGAAUUUCCAGACGGCGCAACACCUUUCGUCGACCUCCGCCGACGCCGCGACGGGCGGGGCACCGAAAGCUCAACAGUAUCUUUCCUGGACGCAAGAAGCUGAUAACGCGCUCUACAUUCCUGCCGUCGAUUUCUCGCAACGUGGUCUCGCAGAGGAACGAUCCCAGUACGACAUUACGGUGAAACUGUUCUACUUGCCCGGAAUUCCGGCAUCCCGACGAUGCGCACAUACCCGGGAGGCGAUUGAUCUAGUAUUGAAGGAGCUUCAUGCCGACUCGAUCGACUUGUUGAUCGUAUCCUUCCCCGGGAUCCUGUUUGAUGCGGAGGACGACAGCGAUGACGAGGUGUCUUCCGACAACGGCAGCGAGGAGCCAGAUGAUUUUGACAGUAUGAUCCAGACAUGGAGGACUUUGGAAGGUCUUCAGGAAAAGGGCCUGAUUUCUCAGCUGGGAGUUGCGGAAUUCGGAAGCGAGAGACUGGCCCGAUUCUUGCCGCAUACCAAAGUCAAGCCCUCGGUCGACCAAAUCAAUCUGAAGGAUUGCUGCGUCGUGCCGAAGUCUUUGAUCCUCUACGCCAAACAGGAGAACAUCCAACUCCUCACCCACAAUGAUUGCAUGGAUAUUCUGCCUAGCGGUACCACUCGCGAGCUCCUCGGUCCGGGCGAAAAGGGCGCCGGGAUUCUUGCGUCCGCCCCUAACGCUGAGGAUGGCAUUCAGGGUGAUGUCGAGCCGCAGUGGGUGGUCAAGUACACGGCCGUGGUCAAGGACCGUGGGGUGGUUGAGAACAAGGGAUACUUUGCACUUGCAGAUGUCGGAAGCUGUGUGAAAGGCCGUGCAUGA